UUUGUAAACAAAAUGUUGUGUUUUUGUGAAUAAAUUGUCGUUUAAUUUGUAUUCAACACUCAUUUAGCGGUAAAAAUGAGCCAAAAUUUUGAUGAUUUAUCGCAAUUAAGUCGCGAAGAGUUGUAUCUAAUUAUAAACGCAUUGAAACGUGAUAUCAAUUGCUUGUCAACACAUCUACUAGUGAUUGAAUCACAAAAUACUAGCCGUGUCAAUCAGAGGUUUGUAUCAAUCGGUUGUCAAACGAGCGAUGAGUGGGUGUAUGCGAUGACUACCACAAGAAAUGGACACCAAUUGAGUGCUAUUAAUGAAAACACGAGUCAUAGACGAGACUCGCGAAGAAGUGGUCAUCACUUGAUGGACACAAGCGCUCAGAAAAGCGCGACAAAUGAUGCGAUGAGUGGACGACUAUACGAGUGUUCACUCGACGGCUGCGAUCACCAGAAGUUCAACAAAAAGGAUGCCUUAACUCGGCAUCAGUUGAGACGACAUCCCAAUGAGUUGCCGGACAUACCAUGGAUUGCGUGCUCAGAGCCCGGCUGUCAUUAUAGGAGUAAAUGUAGUUUCUAUAUGACUAGACAUAUGAAAAGACAUCCACACUUUCAUGUGUGUCCACAUACGGGCUGUCGGUUUAAGACUAAAUACGAGUACAGUUUGGACAGACAUCUCAAGACUUGUAAGGCGGGAGAGCCCGGAAGCAGUGGACAGAAACUUCAGACAAUUGGCAACACAUCCAAAGACACCACUGAAUGGAUGAGUGAAUCAAAUGAUAGGCAAAUGGAUUGCGAUAUAAAUCGUGGUUUUGGUCACAAAACUAGCGCCGUAAAUGAGAGACACGUGCCGAUCGACACUAUCAUUGAGCCCAACGUUCAUUCAAAUGAGGGACUAAUGACUCAUUUAUUACCGCAAACCGCACCAGAAGUUUACCGA